UUCCAUGAAAUAUAUAAAUAACAUAAAUAGGUUUUAGGUUAUUGUACAAAAGGUUAAAUUAAUGAAUUUAUCUUAUACUUGCAACUCUACAAAUUUAAACUAGACUAAUCUGUGCUUGCAAUUGCAGCAAACAUGUGAUGGAAACAUAAUGUCUUUUUUCUACUUUUUCCCUGCUAAAGGUGAUAUACCCGUACAUUUACUGGAGACUAUUGUUUUAAACAGGUUAAACUAUUUGAGAUCCUUGUUCGAAAACCAGCAUCUUCCAUACAAUGAAUAUACGAUUGAAGGCAGCGUUUACGAUAAUGUGGGUCACUUUAUUUCUUGCAUUUUAGCUAUUCUAGACGGUAGCUCAGAUUUCAGUAACUUUUUGAUAAGAGCCGAGGAAGCACUAUUUAAACAUAGAUUAGCACAGCUGACCGCCUAUGAUUUGCGUUGUCUAUCAAAAAAGAUAUUAAAGGGCUUAAAGAAGCUUAAUGUUGAUUUGCAGCUACUAGAUCCUCUGUAUUUGCUUUGUCGAAAAUUGAUGGUACAGAGUGUAGCGCACCAUAUCACAACAAUAUGUGAUGAUAAAUGUUUUUUACACAAAAUUGAAAUUAAUUUUAAAUAUUGUUUAAAAUUAGUUGCCAAAAGGGAAGUUGUAUUAAAUAAUGGUUUGGCUUCUAUACACUGUUGUCAAUGGAGAAAGCUUAUGGUGAUGACAUUCGCUGAGCUUCUUAAGCAUAGAAUCUAUGGAACACAUGGAACAUUAAUUAAAAAUGAUCCUAGAAUAAAUCAGCUCUUUCAAACGAUAAAGAAGAAGUUUAAUCACUUUCAAUAUAAUGAAAACAUUAACAUUCUAAAAAGUCACCAAGUUGAUAGUAAAAGUAAAUUCUUCCCACCGUGUAUGUUAAACUUGCAUCAACAUUUAAGAAUGAGGCACAGACUGUCACACAAUGAGAGAUUUUAUUAUAGCCUGUUUUUAAAGGAUAUAGGCAUGCCAAUAGAGGAGUCUGUAAAAUUUUGGAAACUGGAAUACUGCCAGGAACCUAGGGACACAUGCGUCUGCUGUCACAACUGGAAUAAGGACGAGAAAAAGUAUUUGUACGGAAUAAGGCAUCUGUAUGGACUGGAAGGUGGUAGAAAAACAUACUGGGCCAAGGGGUGCCAGUUUAUACAGAACUCUGACAAUUCAUAUUCUGAAGGAGGAUGCCCGUUCAAAUGUUUCGAUGUAGAAAAAAUGCAACAAGUAUUGAGUUUAGACAAAGAAGACUCCAUGUUUCAGACAAUAUGUAACCUAAAGGAGCAGAAGAAAUAUACCAUGGCAUGUAAACUGUACCUUAACCACAAAUUUCCUAACUGUGAUAGUAGCUAUAGUUUUAGUCCUGUAAAAUAUUAUUCACAAGCUAGAAACCAGAAAUGCCUUGAUUGUCACAAAUGAACUAAAUCUAUUUUAAGACUGACAUUAAA